CAGAGAUCAUACUCGGCUGCAGAAGAAGUGACAACAAACAGCAACAGUUAGCAGCGUUCGUUUAUUUUUUUUCCUUUUAACAUGGAUUACAUAUCGAAAAUAAAACAGAUUUCUAAAUGGGACUUUCAAUCGAAGCAGGAGGUAAUAAUGAAAGGAAGACCGACGCCGGCGCUAAAAGGUUUGCUUCAGACUUCGGGACCGAAGACGCGUACUUUCCAAGCGGCGUGGUACGCACGCAAAGGCUGGCUGUGUGGAUGUCCGGCAAGAAACCGCCUUUUCUGCUUCUCCUGUCUUCUUUUCUCUCCUUGCGACAAUGUCUGGACUCAGGCGGGAUAUUGUGACCUGAAGAACUUGCAGAGAAGCCUCAUCAAACACGAGCGGUCCACCACUCACAUUAAAAGCCAGAUCGCGCUCAGAACGUUCGGGAGGUCCGGCAUUAACUCGGCUUUGGACGAAGAAAGAAGACUCGACAUCAGCAGCCACAAUGCCAAGGUAAAGAAGAACCGGGAGAUUUUGAAAGACCUCAUCAAUGUCACCUGCUUCCUGGCCAAGCAGAAACUGGCAUUCGGUGGAAAUGAUGGAAGUUCUGACUCCGGUAACCGUGGCAACUGUGUGGAACUCUUGCAUUCUAUUGCUGAGGAUGCUCUUGAUGACAGGCAUUUGGAGACAUCUGCUGUAUUUUCUGCUUUGUCCGAUAGAAUACAGACUGAUUUAAUCAAAGCGGUUGGGGACGUCAUUAGAAAUGACAUUAAAAAGGAUAUCACCGCAGCCCCGUUUGUUGCUGUAGAAGUGGUCGAAACCACGGAUGUCACCAACCAAGCUCAGAUUUCUGUCAGAAUACGGUAUGUGUGUACAACCCCAGCGGGCUGUGCGGUGAGGGAGGCGUUUUUGGGAUUGGAUGACGUCAGUGACGACGUUGCUGAGUAUGUCCUGGGAGUUUUGGAGAAAUAUGGUUGUGUUAAAAAGCUCGUAGCUCAGACUUAUCAUGGGGCCGCUGUAAUGACCUCGGAGUUCAAUGGCGUGCCAGCUAAAAUUAAAGCCAGAGUCCCCGAAGCCAUCUUCACCCACUGUCACGCGCUGUUGCAUCCAGCAAAGUCCGUGCCCGAGUGUCGCAGGUUUUUCAAAACCGCCGAGGGACUGGCCUCGUUUUUCAGCGAGUCGGCAAAGCGCGCCCGCUUGCUGGAUGAUGCGGUCAAGCGCCGUUCACCCGGGGCGGCGCCCGCAAGUUGGAGCUCUAACUCCACGCCGCUGCGGACUAUAAGCAUGCACCUUGAUGAUCUGCGGGCGGUAUUUCGCGUCAUCGUUGAAAAUCCUGACAGCUGGGAUAACGACACGCUGAUGAUGGCGGCGGGAUUCCAUCAAUGGUUGUCUAAAGCUUCUACGUGCUUUCUCCUGAUGCUGUAUGAGGACAUUUUCCGCGAGACUGAUGCGCUUUUCAGAGCGCUGCAAAACAAAGCGAUGGACAUUGAGUAUUGCCUCGCACGAUUCCGCGACACCAUCGCUUCUCUCCAGCGCAUGGGACUGGAGUUCGAAGGUUUCUGUGAGAGAUUCGAGAAGAAAUGCAGCGCAUUCGGCCUGGAAGAGAGCGGAAGCAGACCCUCGAUCAGAUUGGAGCGGAAACUAGCGUUCUGGAACAUUCUGGAUGACAUAAGCUGUCAAAUGAAGGCUAGGUUCGAUGGUUUCGGGGAGCUGGCUUUCCUGGGUUUGGUUGAUUGUUCAAAAUUCAGUGAAAUGUCAAAACGUUUCGACGAUACCAAACUGCAGAGUCUGUCCAAAUAUGCCAGAUUCUUUGAUUUUGUGAAACUAAAGGCGGAUCUUGUGGGACUUUACAGCUCACAAACGGUGAGGGAUGAAUGUAAAUCGCCCGGAGAGCUUCUCAGCUUUUUGGCCCGGAAGGACCUCCUCAGAACUGUUCCUGAGGCCACAAAGUUACUCCAGCUGGUGCUCACGGUUCUAGCUGCUUCAGCAUCGGUGGAGCGCUCCUUCUCAGCACUGAAAAGAAUCAAAACACACAGUCCGAACAGGACCGAUCAAGGACGACUUUCUUCCCUGGCUGUGAUCUCCAUCGAGACGGAGAGACUUUUAAAACUGAAGAAAGAUAAGGAAGACUUCUAUAAACAAGUUAUCGACGCUUUUGUUCAGAAGGAGCGGCGCAUGGACUUCAUUUAUAAGUGAAGCUAACGGUGGAGGGGGCGUGGCCUGCCGGCCUGCAGUGAACUGGGGUGUGCCAGGACCGGCCUCUGAAUCAGCGACAGGUGCGUAGAUGGCCCACCUGCGCCUUGUUAUCUAAUCACCUGUCGCUCUGUUAUAAGCAGCAGCCAGGAGGAGAGACGGAGUUGGGGCUGGAGCCAGAGCGCGAGCGAGAACGAAAGAGACAAAUACAAUUGCUGUAAAGCAACUCAGGGAUUUAUUAAAAAAUAAAACAAUAUUAUAACCCUGAAACAGGCUCUCAUGUCGGUGCUUGGUGGUCUGAAGAACCCCCAGGAGGGCAAGCCCCACACUAACCAAUAAUAAAUAAAAACUUCUUACCAUAAACGCAACUUCUUGAACAGGUGCGGUAGAAAACGGAUGGAUGGAAUUAAAAAUGCAUGAGAAUGUUUUAUAUUUUGAACAUUAUUUUUAACACUGUGAUUACAAGUGGAAUUAUUCAUUACUUAUCGUGUUAAGCAAUGUCAGCUCAGAUUUAUCCGAGAGCCAGAUGCAGUCAUCAAAAGAGCCACAUCUGGCUCUAGAGCCAUAGGUUCCCUACCCCUGGCCUACUGAAAUGAGAUUUUCUUAUUUAAACGGGGAUAGCAGGUCCAUUCUAUGUGUCAUACUUGAUCAUUUCGUGAUAUUGCCAUAUUUUUGCUGAAAGGAUUUAGUAGAGAACAUCCACGAUAAAGUUCGCAACUUUUGGUCGCUAAUAAAAAAGCCUUGCCUGUACCGGAAGUAGCAGACGAUGUGCGCGUGACAUCACGGGUUGUGGAGCUCCUCACAACCUCACAUUGUUUACAAUCAUGGCCACCAGCAGCUAGAGCGAUUCGGACCGAGAAAGCGACAAUUUCCCCAUUAAUUUGAGCGAGGAUGAAACAUUUGUGGAUGAGGAAAGUGAGAGUGAAGGACUAGAAGGAAGAAAAAAAAAAGACAUGGCAGUGGGAGCGAUUCAGAUGUUAUUAGACACAUUUACUAGGAUAAUUCUGGAAAAUCCCUUAUCUGCUUAUUGUGUUACUAGAGUUUUAUUGAGAUUAUAUGGUCAUACCUGAAAGUCGGAGGGGUGUUGUGACCGCCAGUGUCUCUGAGGGAAGCCACGGAGGAGCCAAGAAAGUCACAGCUGCCUCUUUGACAGCUGCAGGAGGAACGACACAAGCUCCGCUCAUGUUUACGGUAAGAGCCGACUUAUUAUGGGGGCGGCAUAGCUCGGUUGGUGGAGUGGUCGUGCCAGCAACUUGAGGGUUGCAGGUUCGAUUCCCGCUUCCGCCAUUCUAGUCACUGCCGUUGUGUCCUUGGGCAAGGCCACCUACUCCCAGUGCCACCCACACUGGUUUUAAUGUAACUUAGAUAUUGGGCUUCACUAUGUAAAGCGCUUUGAGUCACUAGAGAAAAGCGCUAUAUAAAUAUAAUUCACUUCACUUCACUUAUUACCACAAUUUUCUCACCGAAACCUGCCGGUUGACAUGUGGUAGAGAAACAUCUUCGCUUGACCGCUCUGUUCCAUAUUAAAGCUUCACCGUCAUCUUUAGGGAAUGUAAACAAAAAAACCCCGGCUGUGUUUGUGUUGCUAAAGCCGGCCGCAAUACAUUGCUUUCCACCAACAUCUUUCUUCUUUGACGUCUCCAUUAUUAAUUGAACAAAUUGCAAAAGAUUCAGCAACACAGAUGUCGAGAAUACUGUGUAAUUAUGCGAUAAAAACAGACUACUUUUAGCUGUGAUCGGUGCUGGAAGAACAUUUCCGCUACCACCGGUGAUGUCAUGCAUACGCAUCAUCAUUCCGCGACGUUUUCCACAUGAUACUUCCAGCAGGAAACCACCCCAAGCGGAGGCGGAUCAGCAACGCAGAGAUGUCCCAGCCGAUACACAGCAGGCGGUCCAUCCUGGGUCCCGACUCUGGACGAGCGGUCCGUCCUGGGUCCCGACUCUGGACGGGCGGUCCGUCCUGGGUACCGACUCUGGACGGGCGGUCCGUCCUGGGUCCCGACUCUGGACGGGCGGUCCGUCCUGGGUCCCGACUCUGGACGAGCGAUCCAGUCUGGGUCCCGACUCUGGACGAGCGGUCCAGUCUGGGUCCCGACUCUGGACGAGCGGUCCG